UCUCUAUCCUCCUCACUGACCGUUAAAAUUUCUCAAUUUUCUUCAAUUCUAAUCCAUAGAUUGCAGAAACCCAAUACCGCAAAGUCUAUAGAGGUAAGACUUUUAUAGCGACUAAAAGUUUUCUUCUUUCUCUGUAUCAUUACAUUUUAUUUAUCUUCAAGUUUGAUCGUUUUGUUCCUUCUGGAGAAUAAAAACUAGGGUUUCUGAGAAGCUUAACAGCGUAAUCUAUCAAACUGGUGGGGAAUACUUAGCUGAAUUGAUAUUUUGUGGCGAAUACAAUUUGUUGUAGGGGAAUGCAUUGGAGAGUUUAGUGGGCAUUGUUUUAUUGGGUUGAUGCUCCUCCUGGGGUCUCGGUAGAAACUAUGGCUUCUCUGGCUUCCCUGGCAAGUUUGGGAGGCAUGAGAGCGAGUUCGUCCACUCAUUUUGAGGUUUCUCCCUCAUUGGUUCGGAGAAUUUCGGUAGUUAAGGGAACUAAUUUUGUUAAUUUUGCGGGUGGGCAGAGAUGUGUUUCUGUAUGUAAAUGUAUGGUCACUACAGAUUUAAUUGAAGAGCUGGGGAAUUCGGUUUCCUUGGAAUCAACUUAUAGGGGGAGUAAAGAUGAUGAUCCUGAUCUUGUUCUCAAGCCAGCUCCAAAACCUGUUUUAAGAUCUCAGCCUAAGGCUGUGUCUUUUUUAGGUGUUAAUUCAGACAAUUCAAUGCCCUGGGCGCCGACAAAAUCCAGUAGAGAUUUAGAUGAUGAGAAAUCAGAGGAUGAGGAGGAGAGAAAUAAUGUAAUUGAGUCCCUUGGAGAGGUGUUGGAGAAGGCGGAGAAACUUGAAACCACUACUAGUCCACAAAAGUUUGCUAAUGUCAAAGAGAAGGUGUUUGAGGGGAAACCAACGCCGAGUACAAACGCAAACUCUAGAGUGAGUAAGCCAGUAAAUUCAACAGAAAUUCGAAAAUCUAAGACAUUGAAGAGUGUGUGGCGGAAAGGAAACCCCGUUGCAACUGUACAAAAGGUGGUUAAGGGAUCUCCUAAGACUACUGAGUUUCCCACAGUUGAUCUGAAGAAAAGGGAAGAAGAGAAAGAGGAAGCUCAACCACGUGCUCCUUUAAGACCUCCUCAGCCACCUCCAAGAGUUCAACCAAGGCUACAAGCAAAGCCUUCAGUGGCUCCUGCAACUGAGAAAUCAGUAAUCUUGAAGGAUGUUGGUGCGGCUCCAAAGCCUUCUGUUACUGACAGUGCUGACACUAGAUCAACUAAAGAACGAAAACCAAUCUUAAUUGAUAAAUUUGCAUCCAAGAAGCCAGUGGUUGAUCCCCUGAUUGCCCAAGCAGUUCUUGCCCCUCCAAAACCGGUGAAGAAGCCUGCAUCUGGGAAGAUCAAAGAUGAAUACCGUAAGAAAACUGGUGCAGCUGGGGGAAUACGGAGGCGUUUGGUUGAUGAAGAGAUUCCCGAUGAGGAGACUUCAGAGCUUAAUGUUUCUAUUUCUGGUGCUCCUGCUGCGAGAAAAGGAAGAAAAUGGAGUAAAGCAAGUCGAAAGGCAGCUAGGCUCCAGGCAGCUAAGGAAGCGGCCCCUGUAAGAGUAGAAAUUCUAGAGGUGGAGGAAGGAGGUAUGUUGACAGAGGACCUUUCAUACAACUUAGCUAUAAGUGAAGGUGAGAUUCUUGGGUAUCUAUACUCGAAAGGGAUUAAGCCUGAUGGGGUCCAGACUUUGGACAAAGACAUGGUAAGGAUGAUUUGUAAAGAGUAUGGUGUAGAAGUUAUGGAUGCUGCCCCUGUCAGAGUGGAAGAAAUGGCAAAAAAGAAGGAAACUCUUGAUGAGGAAGACUUGGACAAGCUAGAAGAUAGGCCACCAGUUCUUACUAUAAUGGGUCACGUGGAUCAUGGAAAGACGACCCUUUUGGAUUAUAUUCGAAAGAGCAAGGUAGCUGCCUCUGAAGCAGGUGGAAUAACACAAGGAAUCGGUGCAUAUAAGGUGCUUGUUCCUAUCGAUGGCAAGCCGCAGUCAUGUGUUUUUCUUGAUACACCUGGGCAUGAGGCAUUUGGUGCAAUGAGAGCACGUGGGGCAAGGGUAACAGACAUUGCCAUCAUUGUGGUAGCUGCUGAUGAUGGGAUCCGUCCUCAAACAAAUGAGGCAAUAGCUCAUGCAAAAGCAGCUGGAGUGCCAAUCGUAAUAGCUAUAAGCAAGAUAGACAAGGACGGAGCUAGUCCAGAAAAAGUCAUGCAAGAACUUUCUGCAAUUGGUCUAAUGCCAGAAGACUGGGGUGGUGAAACCCCAAUGGUUCAGAUCAGUGCUCUAAAAGGAGAGAAUGUGGAUGACUUACUGGAAACUGUCAUGCUUGUUGCAGAGUUGCAAGAACUGAAGGCCAAUCCUCAUAGAAAUGCCAAGGGAACUGUCAUUGAAGCUGGCCUUCACAAAUCAAAGGGACCUGUAGCCACAUUUAUUGUGCAGAAUGGUACCCUAAAAAAGGGAGAUGUAGUUGUUUGUGGUGAAGCCUUUGGAAAGGUGCGGGCUUUAUUUGAUGAUAGCGGAAAUAAUGUUGAUGAUGCUGGGCCAUCUACUGCCGUGCAGGUGCUUGGAUUGAGUAAUGUUCCAAUUGCUGGUGAUGAAUUCGAGGUUGUCGAGUCACUUGAUGUUGCACGUAAAAAGGCAGAGGCUCGUGCAGAAUUGUUACAAAAUGAACGUAUAUCAGCAAAAGCUGGUGACGGGAAGGUUACUCUCUCUUCUUAUGCUUCUGCAUUUUCAGCAGGAAAGCUCUCUGGAGUAGAUUUACACCAGAUGAAUAUUGUUAUGAAGGCCGAUGUUCAGGGAACCAUUGAAGCCAUCAGACAAGCCCUUCAAGUUCUUCCACAGCAUAAUGUCACUUUGAAGUUUCUGCUGCAAGCAACAGGGGAUGUAAGCGCCAGUGAUGUUGAUCUUGCUGUUGCUAGUAAGGCCAUUAUAUUGGGAUUCAAUGUCAAAGCACCAGGUUCAGUGAAAAGUUAUGCAGACAACAAAGGAGUUGAGAUUCGUCUGUACAGAGUAAUCUAUGACCUCAUUGACGAUAUGCGGAAUGCAAUGGAGGGACUCCUUGAGCCUGUUGAGGAACAAGUACCAAUUGGAGCAGCUGAAGUCCGGGCAACUUUCAGUAGUGGCAGUGGUCGUGUGGCUGGAUGCAUGGUGUCGGAAGGAAAAGUGGUGAAAGGCUGUGGUGUAAGGAUUAUUCGGAAUGGAAAAACAGUCCAUGUUGGUAUUGUUGAUUCUCUGAGGAGGGUGAAGGAAUUGGUGAAAGAGGUUAAUGCAGGACUAGAGUGCGGUAUUGGUGUGGAGGAUUAUACUGAUUGGGAGGCUGGAGAUUUAAUUGAGGCCUUCAAUACAGUGCAGAAGAAGCGAACUCUUGAGGAGGCAUCUGCUUCAGUGGCAGCUGCAUUGGCUGGAGUAGGAAUUGAACUAUGAACCAGAAAAAACUCAGUUGCCUCAAAUCAUUUAAUGUGCUUCUUAUUGGCAUCACAAUAUGUUUUACCUCUUUUAAGUAUGGGUGCUACGUCGCUGCUAGAAUCUGCAUAUGCUUAGCUGGUAUACAUAGAUUCCCAUGCUAGUACACCAGAUACUUGAUUCUGGGGGUCUGACCUGUGCUGAUGAGUAAUCAUUCCCAGUAUGAUGUACAUAUUAUUCUACGUUGGAUAUAGCGGUCUUUUGUUGUAAAGGGGUAUUUAUUUGAAAUUUCUGUAUGAUUCAAUGUCAAACUACGCUCUCUAACAGCUUCAAACACAAUGGAAUAGCAAUUGUCCAUUCUUUUC